UCGAUUUCAGUCGGUACUCAACCAGCUCCGAAUAAACUCACAUAGCCGUGCGAGAAGUGCGCAAGUGAAAAAUUGGGGUUAGUCCUGGUUGGCAGAUUGUCGAAUUUAAUCGGCGUUUUAUCGACAAUUGGGCCUAAACAAUCAUGAACGGAAUGCUAAAAGUGUCAACCAUCCUGGCUAAAAAUUUCCCUACAACGACCCUGAACAAAUUGGGAUUACCUCUGAUUGCCAGUCGUCAACUGCAUUACACCCCGGACGGUAAAAACGCAAAAGUGUCCGAUGGGGUAUCAAAAAACUACCCUCUAGUGGACCACACAUACGAUGCUGUUGUGGUCGGAGCUGGUGGUGCCGGUCUUCGAGCAGCUUAUGGCCUAGUCGCGGAAGGUUUUAAAACCGCUGUAAUCACUAAAUUAUUUCCCACGAGAUCUCACACUGUCGCUGCUCAAGGAGGCAUCAACGCUGCCCUUGGAAAUAUGGAAGAUGACAACUGGCAAUGGCACAUGUACGACACAGUCAAAGGAUCCGACUGGCUUGGCGACCAAGACGCUAUUCACUACAUGACUCGCGAAGCUCCCAAGGCUGUCAUUGAACUAGAAAACUGUGGCAUGCCCUUCAGUAGAACGUCCGAUGGCAAAAUUUACCAAAGGGCCUUUGGUGGACAGUCUUUGAAGUUCGGAAAAGGUGGACAAGCUCACAGGUGUUGUUGUGUAGCCGAUAGAACCGGACAUUCUUUACUUCAUACACUUUACGGACAAUCUUUGAGCUACGAUUGCAACUACUUUGUUGAGUAUUUCGCGCUGGAUUUGCUCAUGGAGGGUGGGGAAUGCCGAGGAGUAAUUGCACUCUGUUUGGAAGAUGGUUCGCUUCAUCGGUUCCAUGCUAAGAACACCGUCCUGGCCACUGGAGGAUAUGGAAGAGCCUAUUUCUCAUGCACUUCGGCGCACACUUGUACCGGAGACGGCACGGCGAUGGUAUCCAGAGCCAAUCUGCCGAACCAGGACCUCGAAUUCGUCCAGUUUCACCCCACUGGAAUCUACGGAGCUGGUUGCCUUAUUACGGAAGGAAGCAGAGGAGAAGGAGGCUAUUUGAUAAAUAGCGAGGGAGAAAGAUUUAUGGAAAGAUACGCGCCAGUCGCAAAGGAUCUCGCGUCUCGCGACGUUGUUUCAAGGUCUAUGACAAUCGAAAUUCGCGAGGGCCGAGGCGUCGGUCCAGAAAAAGAUCACAUCUACCUCCAACUUCACCACUUGCCGCCAGAGCAAUUGGCUGCAAGAUUACCCGGUAUUUCCGAGACUGCGAUGAUCUUUGCAGGAGUCGACGUAACUCGAGAGCCAAUUCCAGUUUUGCCAACUGUUCACUAUAACAUGGGUGGCGUUCCAACGAAUUACAAAGGACAAGUUCUAACAAGUCAAAACAAUCAGGACAAAGUUGUUCCUGGUCUCUAUGCUUGUGGCGAGGCUGCCUGCGCUUCUGUCCACGGUGCUAAUCGUCUCGGCGCGAACUCUCUUCUCGAUCUCGUUGUCUUUGGCCGAGCGUGCGCGAAAACGAUCGCCCAAGAAAAUAAACCUGGAGAACCGAUUGGAAGACUCAGUCCUAACGCGGGAGAAGAAUCUGUCGCUAAUUUGGACGCAUUGAGGAACGCUAAUGGUUCUAUUUCUACGGCUGAAUUAAGGCUGAAUAUGCAGAAAACGAUGCAGACGCACGCUGCCGUCUUCAGAGAGGCGCAGACGUUGCAAGAAGGUUGCAAGAAAAUGAGUGAUAUAUACAAGAAGCAAGACGAAGUUAAAGUCGCAGAUCGGUCCCUUGUUUGGAACUCGGAUCUGGUGGAGACCCUUGAGCUUCAAAAUUUAAUGAUAAACGCUGUGCAGACUAUUACGGCUGCUGAAAACAGAAAGGAAAGUCGAGGAGCACAUGCGAGAGAGGAUUUCAAAGAUAGAAUUGACGAAUACGAUUACAGCAAACCUUUGGAUGGUCAACAGCCCAAACCUAUCGAACAGCACUGGAGAAAACACACCCUUACAAGAGUCAACCCGAGAACUGGAGACGUUUCAAUCGAGUACAGACCGGUUAUAGACGAAACGCUGGACCUCAAUGAAUGCAAGACAGUUCCACCCGCGAUCCGUUCCUACUAGAUUAUUAACUACGACUCACCUGUAAUUUAGUCUGAAUUUCCUCAUCCGACAUCCGGUUACAUGAUGUGGAUUAUACGCGCGCCGAAUGCCAACUGGAAUGCGAGUCAGUCAAAACUCGGAGCGACCCAAUUAUUGCUAAUCAUCGAUCGUUUCACCAAUAAGCAAUGAUUUAAUUUAUUCUCUCGAUCUUCUUCGUCGUGCACCAAAGUUUACUCUUGUCAAUGCUUGCACGUCCAGCGGGCGAUCUCAGACGUCCUUUUAGGAUAUUGAUGCUGACCUUAUUUAUUGUAUCGAGAAAAGAAGCCCUGACUAUCUCUCCGCAGAAAAAAUACAGCUGUAUUAUAUUAGGAUUUAGGUAAUAUGUUACUAUCAAUCUAAGUCGCACGCCUUUUAAGGAGAAGUCUCGUUCUUUGUCUAUAUUUGUAUACGUCUGUCCGAAACCCUGACGAUUUUUUUUCGAUUUUUUUUGGGAAACUUAAAACUUCUUUGUAAAGGAAAAAUGAAAGUUUUAAAAAGAAAACAAUUUUUAAUUCACUUUUUCGAUAAGACUAUCGAGUAUCUGCUUUAAUGUUAUUGAUAUUUUUCAGAAAUGCUUUCUAUAUUCUUUACGAGAUGUUCUUGACUUUUGUUUUCGAUCAAAUUUCAAAUAGUUCACUUAUUUACGUAGUUGCUCCUUAAGAGAUCGUGUAGCAUAACUUUGGCACUUUGUUAUGCGGCUUUAUACUUAAUUCGCAUUCACGGCAACGUGAUAAUACAAACUGGCGUUUAUUUUGAACGCAAGGAAAAUUUAAAAAAAAAAGGAAAAAGUGCUAGAAACAGUUUUUUUUGAAUUGCUGCAAAUACCUUCGACUUGUACAUACAUCCAUACAUGACGGUUAAGAAAAAUCUUCAAGAAAACGAAAAAAAGAAGCAUUUGUCGAAUAACAUUUGCAAAAGAAAAAACAGAUCGAAAAGUGAGAGCAUUAAAUCUAAUAAUCCAGAGUCGUUAAAUGUUAACAGAAUGAAAAGUAGAUUGACUGCGAGAAUGUUUAUCCUUUUCUCUUUAUUGUCUUUUUAAUCAAAGUAUUACAACACGGAUCUGAAAAAAUUAUGUAGAAUCAGUAUUUUAAUCAGUUUCUGCAAUCGAUUAUGACCGUUGCACAUUGAACUGUGCGUAACUCUGUUGAAUGGAAUCAAUAAUUAAAGAAAUUAAUUCCUUCGAUAAUGUUUGUUACAUUCAGCGACUACGAAAAGGGAAGCAGACGAAAGCUGAUGCGCUUUCAGAUUCUUCCUUUGUCUCUUCAUUGGCGAUUGUUACUGCGUUGCGUGAUUUCACUUUUAGUUCAGUUUUAAUAUAAAGUAAAAAAAAACACUUUGUGGCACAAGUAUAGAAUCAUUUAGUUAUCACUGGUUCUGGUCAUGCGAAAAUGCUUUUGCGAAUGGUGAAUGUCUGAAAAUAACUGUGACGAUUAUCAAUAAAACAAAAAUAAUUUGGAUCGAAAUUAUAA